UGUUUGAGAAAAAGAAAAUAGAAAGCAGCAAAAAAACCUUACCAAAACCAAUCAAAUUUGAAGGGAUAGGAUAGAAUAGAAGAAGAUACAACACAAGCAGAGAAAGCAAAUUCUCAGUUUUUUUUUCCAGUGAACUCAAAAUGGCUUCACUCUCCACACUAACACCAACUUCAACUUCUCUCUCUUUUUUCUCUUCUUCAUUCUUCAUCUCUAAUCCUUCAACAACCCUAACUCACUCCAAAUUCAAAUUCCUCCCAAAUUCAAAUUCACAUUCAACUUCUCUUUCAAUCUCUUGCAAACUCGCCACACUUCCGCUCCUCUCCUUCUCCGGCGAAAAAGUCGGCGAAUCCACCCUCGACAUCAAAUCCGCCACUCCAGACACCUCCCGCGCCGUCGUCCACCGCGCCAUUGUUCAUGACCUUCAAAACAAGCGUCGUGGUACCGCUUCCACACUCACCCGCGCUGAAGUUAGAGGUGGUGGCCGAAAACCCUACGGUCAAAAGAAAACCGGCCGCGCGCGUCAGGGUUCGAUACGGACGCCGCUCCGACCAGGCGGAGGUGUGAUUUUCGGUCCGAAGCCACGUGAUUGGAGUAUCAAGAUUAAUAAGAAGGAGAAGAGGCUUGCGAUAUCGACUGCUGUGGCGAGUGCGGCCGUGAACACCGUUGUGGUGGAGGAAUUUGGAGCGGAGUUUGAGGGGAAUCCGAAGACAAAGGAUUUCAUUGCGGCGAUGAAGAGAUGGGGACUGGAUCCGAAGGAGAAAGUUACGUUUCUGAUGACGGAGGUUUCGGAGGAGGUGUUGCUUUCUAGUAGGAAUAUUGGGAAAUUGAAGAUAUUGACGCCGAGGACGCUGAAUUUGUAUGAUAUUUUGAAUGCUGAUAAGAUUGUGCUUACACCUGGUGCCGUGGAUUAUUUGAAUGGCAGGUAUGGGUUCAGUGAUCAAGAUGAUGGUGACUAUGAUGAAGAAGAGGCUGACAUUGUAGAAGAAGUAGUAGAGGAUGGCCAAGAAGGACCAGACACAGAAGAAAGUACCGGUGUUGUGAAUUGAUGAUUGAAAGUCUUUCUUUGCAUGGUUGUACCAUUUUAUAGAGGAUACCACUGAUAUGGGUUAUGGAAGGUUUGAAGUCUUGUCUGCACCAAUUUAUUUGCUUCUUUUCCUUUCUAUCACUUAGGACCCUAAUCCAGGUAGCAUGUAAGGAUAAUUAUCUUUGGCUUCCUUCCAAUCAUAUUAUGUUGUAGCGUCUACCUAGUAAUAAUUUCUUUAAUCAAUUUUGUUGCUUGUAAUCUUUCUUGUGCAAAUGUAUGUAUAUGGAUAAGAAAAUUGUUUUGAAUCAAUAUUGUUGCAUGUAGGUUCCUUUCUACUCAAGAAGUUAUUGAAGGCUGCUGCUAGUUUAAGUCA